GUAACACACCUCAUUCCUGUGUGUAUCAUAGCGCUGUGUUUUCCCCUUUUAUGGUCGUCUGCCAUUAAGUUGUGUAAUGUCCGGCUUUUAUAUUAAUGUUUACAUGCAUGUGAGUAAUACACGUGUACGUUAGUUAUGGGUUAAAGCAAGUACUGGGGUGAAAUGUCUUCUUGAAACUAGUGAAAAUAGUCCCGCGGAUGGGUACAUGGAUGGUGUGUGUGUGUGUGUGUGUGUGUGUGUGUGUGUGUGUGUGUGUGUGUGUGUGUGUGUGUGUGUGUGUGUGUGUGUGUGUGUGUCAGUCAGUCAGUCAGUCAGUGUCAACCGGAAGUGAAGCAUGGGAGCAGCUUCCAGUGUGACCCAUGAGUUUAACGUGCGUGAUUCACCACAAAUUUCAGGAAAAAUGUACUCAGUUUGCAAGUUUUAAUGCCAAGCUUGCGCCAGUACAGAAACGACUCAUGUAAAUUAAAUGGUCCUCAGAGGCAGGUUAUUCUCAAGGGAUCCAUGUAACUGCCUUCUGGAGCCAGACACUUUUUCUUGUUUACCCAUGGCUUAAUUUUAAAGUGAAGCUGUGGAAAUUAUUCUGGCCUCUGAAAGGUCUACGUUACUGGUGAAACAUGCCCUUACCAUUUGGAUUAAAACUUAAGAGGACACGAAGAUAUACUGUCUCCAGCAAGAGCUGUCUGGUCACACGCAUACAGCUGCUUAAUGGCGAAUUUGUGGAGUUUACACUUUCUGUGGAGAGCACAGGCCAGGAAUGUUUGGAAGCAGUUGCUCAGAGACUCGAGUUGCGAGAGAUAAUGUAUUUCAGUCUCUGGUACUUUAACAAACAAAACCAGCAGCGAUGGAUUGAUUUAGAAAAGCCUCUGAAGAAACAGCUUGACAAGUAUGGACAGGAACCCACUGUUUACUUUGGAGUCAUAUUCUAUGUGCCGACAGUUUCCCAGCUACAGCAAGAGAUAACCAGAUACCAGUAUUACCUCCAGCUGAAGAAAGAUGUUCUGGAGGGCAGGGUUCCUUGCUCAAUUGAACAAGCCAUCCGGUUAGCUGGCUUGGCUGUACAAGCCGACUUUGGAGACUUCAACCGCUAUGAUUCGCAGGAAUUUCUUCAAAAAUUUGUUCUUUUUCCCAUGGAAUGGAUUCAAGAUGAGAGGGUUGUUGAAGAAGCCACUCAAAAAGUUGCCCUGCUUUAUCAAAGCUACCGAGGUAUGCCAGUACCAGAAGCAGAAUUGUUGUACAUGCAAGAAGUGGAGAGGAUGGAGGGCUAUGGUCAAGAAAGUUUUCAAGCAAAGGACAGCCAGGGUGCAGACAUACUCAUUGGAUCCUGUCUGGAAGGGAUUUUUGUUAAGCACAAAAAUGGCCGAGCACCUCUUUUGUUCCGAUGGAAUGACAUUAACAACAUGACUCAUAACAAGUCUUUUUUUGCCCUGGAGCUGGCCAACAAAGAAGACACCAUUCAGUUUCAGACUGAGGACAUGGAGACUUCCAAAUAUGUGUGCAGAAUGUGCCUGGCACGGCACAGAUUCUAUAAGAUCAACAAAAGUACUCUAGAGGAAUCUGAUGUUCCACCUUCUGAAAGCUCCCAGAAGUCCAUUCUCACUCUAUCAUUUCCACGCUUUCCAAUGCUCUCUCGUCCCUCUCUGCCUUCUAACAAGGGCCAACCUGAACCAGCACCAGUGAACCCAGUAAGACGACGCUCCUCCACAAGAAUUUCAAUGCCCAAGCCUCAGACAUACAUGAUGCCUCCACCUCAGUUGCACUACAAUAGCCAUUACCGGGAGCCGUACAAAUCCUCUCAAGACAAUCUUUACAUGAACAAUCACAACGGUUACUACUACCACUCUCAGACCAGCCUAGACCACUCACCACAUGAGUACAAUGGAAGAAUCCGGAAUGGCAGUGUGUACAGCGCCCACAGCACCAGUUCCCUCACCAACCCACAACACUACAUGCAACCAUCACCGAUGUCCUCAAAUCCAAGCAUCACAGGCAGUGACAUCGCACGGCCUGACUAUGUGCCUUCUCAACGCCACAGUGUCCUGAUACCACCCUCGUACCGUGCCACACCCGACUACGAGAGCGUCAUGCGCCAGAAAAAUCACAGUGCCAUGGCAGCCAUGUCUGAGCGUCACAGCCACUCUAUGAGGAACCUCAACAUUGGUAACUCGUAUGCCUACAGCCGACCUGAUCCGCUUGUGUACAGCCAGCCUGAGAUCCGUGAGCACAGAGGAACAGCAGCUCAGUAUCACCUCCACUACAGCUUUCACAGCCCAUCGCCAUACCCAUACCCAGGCGAGAGGAGGCCAGUGGUGGGCGCAGUCAGCGUGCCUGAACUCACUGAUGUGCAGCUGGCACAGGCCCAUGCUUACCCUGUGCCCAACAUCAUGGGAACGCAGGUGUACCGACCACCUCCACCUUACCCCUACACCCGCCCAAGGCCAGCCAACAGCACACCUGACCUGUCACGUCACCUUCAUGCAAGUAGCAGCAGCCCUGACCUGAUCACACGCCGUGUACACCACUCGGUGCAGACUUUUCAGGAAGAUAGCCUGCCAGUGGCACACUCACUACAAGAAAUGAGUGAGCCGCUCAUCCCCGCCACCACACGACGCCCUUACACACACAAGCGUAACUCUAUUGAGCUCGCUGGCCUGACGUAUGGUCUGGAAACCAUGCGACUGAAGGAGAGGACUGUUUCCAUUUCUGCCUCUGAGACUCCGUCCAAGCUCGCGCCACCUGGUGCUCUCCCUGCCUCUGCCUCUACCUCUGAGGUAGACGUCUUCCAGGAGCAAAGUGAGGCUGAGGACAUUGUUCUGAAAGAGGAUGUGCACUACGGGCACAAAAAAUCCUUAUCUGAUGCGACCAUGCUGGUCCACAGUAGUGGAGAGGAAGAGGAGUUUGAGGAUGAAAGCGGCCGACACACCCCCCAGUCUCAGGAUGCAGUAGCAGCUCCGAAGGAACACAACAAUGUUCUGGAAAUCCCUCUAAUGGAGACACCUCUGCCUGCCUAUCCUUUCAGCCCCAGUUUGGAUCAGGUCAUCCCCAACCCGCUGGGUUUUCAACCCCAGCCUCGUAUUCACGAGCAGGAUGAGACAGGAUCUCUGUACCCAUGUAGUGAGACAGAUGCCAUCACGCCUUCAGUUUCCGAAGGAGAUCUGAGCAACCAAAGUCGAUGGAAGCCUAAAAGAGAGAUGUUAAAAAAAAGACCUGUCUCAGAUGUGCCUUCUACACGAAGAAACAUUGAUGGCCUUCCACCACCUGGCAUGAAGAAGGGCAUUCGUUCAGAGAUGAAGAAGACGAGUCCGCUGAAGCUGGCGACACUCAAUGGCUUGACACUUGCCCGAAUGCCCAUACCUGAUGAGGGCAAAGACGAGCACGGGAAAGCUUCUAAUGACGACAGGUGUAAGCUACUGGAGCAACAUAUGGAGCAGGGCCUGGUGUUUACAGAAUAUGAGCAAAUGCCAAAGAAAUGGCCCAGCAGUGAGUGCAGCAUUGCUCAGCUGCCCGAGAAUGCAGAGCGAAACCGCUUUCAGGAUGUGCUACCUUACGAUGACACACGGGUAGAGCUUGUGCCCACUAAAGAGAACAACACAGGAUAUAUCAACGCCUCGCAUAUCAAACUUACAAUAGGAGGAGAGGAGUGGAAUUAUAUUGCAGCUCAGGGUCCCCUCCCUAACACAUGUCAAGACUUUUGGCAGAUGGUUUGGGAACAAGGGGUUGCAAUUAUUGCAAUGGUUACUGCUGAAGAGGAGGCAGGACGAGAAAAGAGCUUCCGUUACUGGCCCCGUCUAGGCUCCCGUCACAACACCGUUACAUACGGACGCUUUAAGAUCACCACACGCUUUCGCACCGAUUCAGGUUGCUAUGCUACCACCGGCCUGAAGAUUAAACACCUACUGACAGGCCAGGAGCGAACUGUCUGGCACUUGCAAUACACAGACUGGCCUGACCACAGCUGUCCUGAAGAUUUUAAAGGUUUUCUGGCAUAUUUGGAGGAGAUUCAGUCUGUGAGGCGGCACACCAACAGCACCAGUGAUCCAAAGAACACAAACCCGCCCGUGCUUGUUCACUGCAGUGCAGGGGUGGGGCGCAGUGGCGUGGUCAUUCUCAGUGAGAUCAUGGUCGCCUGUCUGGAACAUAAUGAGAUGCUGGACGUCCCUACUGUUCUUGGCCUGCUGCGACAGCAACGCAUGAUGAUGGUGCACACUGUUUCCCAAUACACCUUCAUUUACAAAGUUCUAAUACAGUUUCUUAAAAACUCCAGACUUAUAUAAGCUCACAUUGUUGGCUAUGCUGCCACACGCCUGCACAAUGUUGUUGUCAUAACUGGAAAAGAUCAUUAGGCCUUACAGGAUUUUGCAGAGUGUGAAAGGGCAGUGUACUGAAGGGAGACUGAGAUGGACUGCAAUCACCUUACUUCCACUUCAUGAGCACUUUCUCUGAGUAUUAGUGAAGGAUCAGAAGGAGCUAGGGCAGGUAUGAAGGAUGCUGCAAACCAGCAUAUACAUUAUCAUCAAUCAGUAUUAUUCAGUUAUUUCACUGUGGAGUUUUACACUAUACGAUUGCUACUAAUGAAUCUCAGCACUUUUAUUUUACUACAUUGAGCAAAUGACACUAAUGCUGCAUCUUUAUUGUUAAAUGUAUAACAAUAUUGAUUGCUUUUUUUUAAUGGUUUUUUCUUUCUUAAAGCGUAUCAUGGUUGAUAGUUGAAGGUUUACUGAGUUGAAAUGAAAAUUUUGGUCCCAGUGUUUAAGGUGUGCAAGUGUAAGGUUGAAAAUGAAGGAUCUUUUGUGUAUUGUAUGAUGACUACAUUUGUCAUCUUAAAAUGUUAUGUGCUCGAAAUGAAGGAUAACUAAAGCUAUAUGGCUCUGCACUCUCUUGAGGUUUGCAAUUAUGUAUGCAGUCCAUAACAAGUAAUGAAGUAAUGUGUUAUGCUUAAGAAUUACACACACUGCACAGCAGUUUUGUGCAUCAUGGGUAAGGUUACAGCCAAAAAGAAGUUGAGAUGUUUAUAUGUAUGUAUAUGUGUGUGCGCGCGUGUGUAUGUAUGUGUAUAUAAUCUCAUACGCAAGUAUUAUAAAAUAAUUUAUAAUGUUCCAUA